UUUGUGUGCUUAUUCUUCGCACCUCCUACACGAUGGCCGAUGCGCGCGGAGAGUACUGGUAUUACGAGGACGGGGUGGAUGCGAACAAGAUUACAGUACCCGAACUACGCAGCAUCCUACUUCGACACGGCGUCACAUAUCCAUCCUCGGCGAAGAAGCCGGUCCUCGUGGGCCUCUUCAACGAUGUCGUCCUGCCCCAAAAAUCCCAGGUGCAAAGGGCGUACGCGCGGACGAAGCGAUCGACGCGGGGCAUCGUAGACGUCCCCUCCAGCUCGGCCAGCACGGUGGAUACGGAUGAUGUCGAGGACGAAACCCUCGUCGCCCCUACACCCGCCACUGGGCGGCGGACACUACGAAGAACAGGGCGCUCAACGACGGAGGAGCCAGAUCCGCCUCCGCCACGUGCCAAAACACCGUCUCGCACCGUGCCCGCCAAACACAGCAGGGCUCUCGAGCCCGAGAUAGACGAGCGUCCCGCAGCAAGACGCACCCGCAAGAGCGCUACGCCCGCUCCGAAAGAGCCGAAAGAGCCGUCGCCCGAACCGGAAGCGUGGCAUCGUAAUGAUGCCACAAGCCCUUUCACCCAAGAGAACCCUUUCCAGAGCGGAAGCUCACCCGCAGUGCCAGACGCCAUUCUGCGCGACCGUCGGAGGCGGACUACAGGAUACAGCCAGCAUGAGAGGCGGAAGAGCGACGUACAUCGCCGAAGGACAGUACAGCCCAAGACGGAGCAAGUAGACGAUGGCAUCAUGGUGCCCACACGCGGAACUUUUGACGUGGCCGACCCGCGUGUAAAGCAGGAGGAAAACGAUACCACAGAUGCGGGCGAAGAAUUCACGGCGGAGGAGCAGCUCGAGCUGGUGCGUGAGCGUGCAAAGGCUGGCGAGGUGGAUAUCCUCCCACCGAGAAGAAGGCAGAAGAAAGCAAAGGCCACUGGCACUAUCAAGGCGAUGGCUGGGACUCUACUUCUUACUGCUGCAACGGCUUUUGCGGGCGUCUGGCGACAAGAGAAGAUCAACGUUGGCUUCUGUGGCAUGGGACGAGAGGCCACUGCGCUUGCCGGCGUAGAGAUACCGAGCUGGGCUACUCCAAUACUUCCACAAUGUGAGCCUUGCCCGCCACAUGCGCAGUGCUACCGAGGCCUGAAUCUCCGAUGCGAUCCCGACUUCAUCAAGAAAGACCAUCCACUAUCUCUGGGUGGCCUGCUUCCCCUUCCAGCAACGUGUGAGCCGGACAGUGCAAAGACCCGCAAAGUAAACGGCAUUGCCAACAGAGGCGUCGAGAUUCUCCGACAGCGCAAGGCACAGUACGAAUGUGGCGAGCCCGACUCCGAAGGGCAUCCCGUAGAAAGCCCCGAGAUCAGCGAAGUGGAUCUCAAGGCGCAGAUGGCUGCUCAAAAAAGCAAGAGUUUGACGGAUCAAGAGUUUAGUGAUUUGUUUGACCGGGCUUUUCCCGAACUUAUGAUGCGUGAGGAGAUUGUUCAAAGCACGGAUGAAACAACCGGCAAACGGCGUCUUGCAUCAACCUCUCUCGCAAAGCUCUCCCUCUCCUGUAGCAUCCGAAGAUCCCUCCGACAAUCUUUUGAACGACAUCUUCUCCAGAUUGUAAUGGUCUUGAUGCUGAUUGCCACGGGCUCCUACGGCAAGUACUCUUACACCAGCAACCGAGCCAUGGAAGUUCGCGCAAAGCAGCUGGCAAGCGACGCGUACGACAGGCUCCAAGACCAGGCUGCACUCUGCUAUCAACAGCCUAGUGUGGAGAAGGGCAUCAGUAUGACACAACUUCGUGACGACGUCUUGCGCACUGAGUUCAAUGCGUCUCGACGACAGAAACUGUGGAAAAGAGUCCAAGCAAAGGUCGAAAAGAAUAGCAACGUUCGUGCAGGUGUGCGAACAACAGCUAACGGCGAUGUCGCUCGCAUGUGGGAAUGGGUUGGUCCCGUAAAGCGGCUCGAGGAUGGCCGGUUUAGUCUUGGCAUUGGAAGCAGUCCUCCAUCUGCCGCGAAAGACACCAAGGAAGUCCAGAAAUGGGAUGAGGGGCGUCCCGUGUACUAGUCUUUUGCCCGUGUUUCCUUUGUUCUUCAGAAUGGCUUCACAGGUCAGCUACGAUCAUUGCGAGAAGAUGGACGGGUGGACAUUUUCAUUUGAUUUGCUGCGAUGAUACCAUAACGACGA